CUCACUGCGGAGGAGAGUUGAGUGGGUCAAAUGGAAUUUUAUCGUUCCGGCAAAAGCCAUCAUAUCCAGUAGUCUGCGUUUGGCGAAUCACGGUAAAGCCAGGAGGAAAAGUGCAGCUCUUUGCAAACACUCUAACUAUGCCUUCCUACAGAUCUCGGUUGCGCGUGUUAGACGGAAGCAACUGUGGAGGCAAUAUACUGACAGAGCUUUCUCAAUACGAAAGAUUUCCUCAAAACGGCAUUGUCUCAACUAGCAAUACAAUGAUGGUUGUGUACACAGGGAUAGUUAGUGAAGUAGCGCGGACAAAUAUUAAUGCCUCUUAUUCAGAGGGUAAGUGUCUUUAA